AUGGAGCAACCACCUCCUUACAACAAUGAAAAAUACAACUCCAUUCCACAAAAUCAAGGAUAUCCGCUUCAAGGACAGCCUCCUCAAGAUUAUCCCCCUCACGAUCACCCACCUCCAGGUUACCCACCUCAAAGUCAUCAACCACAAUGUCACCCACCUCAAAGUCAUCAGGCACAAGGUCACCCACCUCAAGGACACCAACCACAAGGUCACCCACCUCAAGGACACCAACCACAAGGUCACCCACCUCAAGCACACCAACCACAAAGUCACCCACCUCAAGGACACCAACCACAAGAUCACCCACCUCAAGGACACCAACCACAAGGUCACCCACCUCAAGGACACCAACCACAAGGUCACCCACCUCAAGGACACCAACCACAAGGUCACCCACCUCAAGGACGCCCACCUAAAGGACACGAGCCACAAGGUUACCCUGCACAAGGUUAUCCCCCACAGCAAACAGCAGGGAUGACGCAACAAAAGCAGAGUAACGAUACAACAGUUGCUUCAGUAAGUAGAAAUAAGACUCACGAAAAACAAAAUCAUUAA